AUGGGCUCCGUGCUGCCCGGCUCCUCGCUGGCCCUGAAGCCGGGCUUCAAGCCGCAGCAGCCGCUCUCCCUGGCCGACAUCAUCACCUCGGACAUCCUGCACAGCUUCCUGUACGGCCGCUGGAGGCACGUGCUGGGCGAGCAGCAGCACCACCCGCACCCGCACCAGCAUCACCUGCAGCCCGAGGACCGCACCGCCCCGAGCGCGAGCCCCAAGACCGCGUUCACCGCCGAGGUGCUCGCGCAGUCCUUCUCCGGAGAGGUGCAGAAGUUGUCCAGUCUGGUGUUACCCAGUGAGGUGAUCAUCGCCCAGAGCUCGGUCCCAGGAGAAGGUCUGGGCAUUUUCUCUAAGACCUGGAUCAAAGCAGGAACGGAGAUGGGACCGUUCACUGGACGCCUCAUCUCACCUGAGCACAUCGACCUGUACAAGAACAACAACCUCAUGUGGGAGGUGUUUAACGAGGAUGGGACAGUGAGGUAUUUCAUCGAUGCGAGUCAGGAGGACCAGAGGAGCUGGAUGACAUAUAUUAAAUGUGCGAGGAACGAGCAGGAGCAGAACCUGGAGGUGGUUCAGAUUGGCAGCAGCAUCUUCUACAAGGCUGUGGAGACGAUCCCUCCGGACCAGGAGCUGCUGGUCUGGUACGGAAACUCCCACAACACCUUCCUGGGAAUCCCUGGAAUUCCCGGAGGAGAUGAUGAACAGAGCAAGAAGAGCAAGAACGAUGAGUUCCACACCUGCGAAGGCUCGUCUUCCUCCUCCUCCUCCUCCUCCUCUUCCUCCUCCUCCUCCUCCAGCCUGGGACGCAUGCGCUGCGUCAUCUGCCAUCGCGGCUUCAACUCCCGCAGCAACCUGCGCUCCCACAUGCGCAUCCACACCCUGGACAAGCCCUUCGUCUGCCGCUUCUGCAACCGCCGCUUCAGCCAGUCGUCCACGCUGAGGAACCACGUGCGGCUGCACACCGGCGAGCGCCCGUACAAGUGCCACGUCUGCCAGUCGGCGUACUCGCAGCUGGCUGGCCUGCGGGCGCACCAGAAGAGCGCCAGGCACCGGCCCAGCGGAGACCCCGGGGCGCAGGGGGGAGGCGUGGUGGUGGUGGGCGGAGGAGGGACAGGAGGAGUGCGUUCAGCUCACUCGCCUAAUCCUCACCCACCGCAGCUGACCGCCGUGCCUCACCCGGCGUCACUGGUUCACCAUAUACCGACCAUGGUGCUGUGACGGGGGAGCAGAGGGGCAGACAGACGGACCGACAACCCAACUACUGACAGCCUGACACAGCGACACGUCUUUUAACUUAGAAAUAAGAUGGAGUAUUGGGACAAACUGAGAAAGGGGCCUGCUCCCAGGCAGGUGUCCCUCCAUCAGGGAGGAACAUGGUGAACUAUCCGGCGGUUACCCAGGUAGCCAGCCGAUCUAGCAAAUUCGGCACUCUACUGGUAACCUGCGUCCAGACCUCUGACGUGCCGCGCGCAUUUCAGAUUUUUUCCCAAUGUCCAGACAAGGUGACCUCUCUGGUUGCUGUUUCCCCGAUUGGAAAAAAUGCCCCAAAAUUUGCAAGCGGCAUGAAGGAGAUAGACUCUAAAAUCAACCACCCUGAGUCAGACCAGUGUACCUAGGGGGAUUUUGGUACAUCCGUAAUCAUCCUGCGUCUAGAACCAGGCUUUACAGAUGGCGAUGUUACGCCAGACACACACUAAACAGUAUCACAGCAAAAUGUAUCGAUGCUUCGCUUCGACAGGCUAAAAUCACCGCAGACGAGGCUUCGAUACAUCACGCUCGCGUCAGCAACCUUUUCUGAUGAUCUGGAUUAUGGGACCUGAUCCUCAAUCUGCCAAAUGAUUUAAAGUCCAACUGAAAUGAAGUGUCAGUAUUUUUGCUUCUUUUCUUCUGUCCAAACCAAAAGGCAGAGAUUGAGAUUUUAUAUUUUUUUGGUUUUAUGAUGGCGCCCCCUAGUUUUGCCUUAACUUGACCGUAUAUCGUUAGGUAGCCGUCCACUCAGGUGGAGACCGUAUUUGGAUACAGCCAAUUGAAUGUUGCAUAAAGCAGUAAGGUCAGUGUAGUAUGACAGACAGAACAGCCAGCAACCACGUUAGCCUCCCUGGUGAAGUCUGGACACGAGCACAGGCCUCGUCCUGCAGCUCAGCGUGUUGAAGGAGCCCGGUCACCAGUGACAAUUCAGCUGCAGCGCAUUGAACAGCACGUAGACAAAAAGGGACAUUUCUGAUAUGUGACCCCUUUUCUUCCGUAGCUAUUAACAACACAUUUAAAACACACUGACAUUAUUUUAGACUGAAAAAAGGGACUAAAGCUGAUUUCAGUUGGACUUUAAAGCGGUCAGUUAAUUUUUUGGAACGAAACGUUAAGGAUGACUUCACACAUUUUAAAUGGCCUCUUCAUCAUGACGUCCCGCCUGCAGUCUUUAAAUAAUGUAGGACUCAAUUUUGUCCAGCAGAUCUUCCCAGACACUGGAAUCAGUUUCAGAGUGGUUGAAUUAAGUUUCGUUUCCCCCUCACUGCCACACUCAGGCCUCUGUUGGACUUAGAUUUGGGCUACCUGGGUAAUCAUUUACGAAGGAGACUUCCAGCAGCUACAUGGCUGACGACAAGUGACAUUAUCUAAACAUGAAAUCAAUCAGAUGGAAAAUAAACUGACCACUUCCAAGACUGUGGACCUCCAGCAUGGGGGGGGGUUACAUCAUAAGCACACACACACAUCCAUCAGGCUGCAGACAGACACACUCACAUAAACACAGUCACACCUACACGCUGGUUCAAGUCCGUUCUUUCUUAAAAUGUUUCAGUGUCUCUUCAUCAGGACGCGGAGACCCUGCUACAAACCCCGGUAAUGGUUCAUACAACGGUUGCAUGACGAGACAGUGUCAGCCCGUGACCCCGGCUGUUCAUGUCAGUAUAACUCACGUAUCUAUGAGGUGAUGAUGUCGUGCUUUGGUUUGCAUGCUAAUGGUUCUCUGUUACAGGUUGUAAUGUGUGUGUUGAAAACUAGGAGGCGCCACAGUCUGAGCAUUGAGGCUCCUUCAGAGGAAUCCACCGAGUUUCUGGUCGAUCUGCCUACUCGCAUGCUAACAGGUGGUAGCCACCCCGUGCUAAAGCACGUUUCCAUAUCUGCAGAGGGUCGCGAGCUUCGGCGGGUGUCCACGUUUAACCCAGACCGUGCUCUCAGAUCCCCAACGCAGAAUUCAUGAACAGAACUGCAUUUGUCUGCUGGCCACAGCCAAGCCUGCUCAGACCGCAGCACACACUCCGUGGACUGACAGGCUGUUCAAAUUAGAGGGUUCAUUUCAAUGGAUCAGACGCUUGUGGCGGCAAAGUAAAUCUGCAUCAAUGUGGUAAUCCUGGGAAAAACAGCCACGAUUUCAAUCUGGCAGUGUUGACCCAUUAUCCCGAGCUGGUUAGCCCCGGUGCUAACCUUGUAGUCACAGCAGACACAGAAUACACCAGAUCAUUUGCUUGUGUUGCGUAUCUGUAGCUCGUUUUACAGCAGCUUUACACCGAGUGGACUGUGUCGGUGUUAAUAUUUGUCGGAGGCUGAUGCGAACCGUUUUUCCAGAUUUGAGGUUAAAUGAUACGACGUGACCGCAUCAUUAACUCGUGGUGAGGGGAGUAAAAGCUUUUUAAUGGCUACUGUUUUUUAGUGGAAUCGCCUCGGUCAGUGUUUAACUGUGGGGGCAAAGUAAAUCCGUGUAAAUCUAGUUUGAGUUCAACAUCGGUGUCAUGUUAGCAAGCCAGCUAGCACGGAGGGCUAGUAAAACUGACCGCCAUCUCUCUCUCUGCGUAGCCACCACGUCACCGAGGGUCCAGCAUCACCUGUGUCACGAGGACACACAGGUAAACUUCGCUGUGUCACUUUCUCGUGUGACCAGGGCUUAAAUCUCAGCGAGUGCUAACGCGUUAGCAUACGGCCCGUUUAGUAAUGCUCACAUUUCACUUUCCGUGUCAAAAUUCCCGUCACACAUUGGCCCAUACAGACACCCGGUGCUGCAAAAAGGUCGGAGUGCGACACGUUGAGCACCUUAGCAAACGCCUCGUCCAGGUAUUUUCUCUUUUGGUCAGAAACAUGGAAGCGUCGAGUGACAGUCCGCUUGGACACUUAACACCAGCUAUGUGGAGUAAUGCUGCAUUCACCUCACGGGGGAGUGAAGGGCACGCUCACGUUGUCCUGAGGCGUAAAAAUACAGUGUUCGUUCAAUAUAGAACUAUAUUAACGGAUUUCAGGAUUUAGUUGCCUUUAACAACGGAUUACUCUUCGGCGCAUACUCCGACGUAUCAGCGCUUUCAGAAAAAAAAAAAAAUCAACUUUCACAGGCGUAAUUGCGACUGGGAUGUGGACGUGAACGAUAUUCCGCUAGCUUGAAUUAGUCUGUUUGCUUGACUGACGAAGCUUUCACUUCAGCACACGCCAUGUUCAGUGAUAGCGAAUCGCCAUAGUAUGAGGCACCAAAUAUCCAAAACACGUUUGUUUUAUCUUGUGCGCACAUAACAGAAAAUGAAACUCGUCUUUCGGGACUGCGGGUUCCUUGUAGUCUUGUUUAACGUUAGCUGCAUGCUAGCACGUUAGCAGGAGGGAAUGGCUUUCUCCACGUCAUCUUUACUGACCAAUCAGUAAAUCCACUGGAAACCGACCCGAUUCCUUUGAAGAAGCUCGUCAGUUAUCAAAAAUGGCCGAGCCUGAAAUUUAAAGUAUUUUAAUAUUAUCUUCAUUAUGAACAUUAUUACUGGUUUAUGUCCGUGGUUCUUAAGCCGUUGAGGCCCAAAUUGUGUCUCGGGCCAUGUCAGCUGACACCUGUUACAAAAUAUAAGAAUCUGAUUUUCUAGUCUUUGUUAAUGUCUCUACAUGGUUUUUCCCCCCGGGGCCUGAUUUCUGUAUAAAUAUGUUGUUAAAUAAUCUAACUACUGAGAAUAGGAAUGAAGAACUGAUGAGUCCCUUUAGCUGACGGCGGAUUGUCGUCCUUUUCUCUUCAUGUGAUGUAAAUAAACUCCAAACUGUCAAAGAAAAGAAUGUGAAUAUAAACAUGAGAUGUGCUUUAUGCCCAGAAUUUAAUUCAACCGUCACUUUAUCUUCUGUAUAUGUAUAUGUACAAGGUCAUAUAUGACACAUGUAUCAGUAUAUGAAGUAUGAUAUGUUGACUUCUAUAAAGGACAUUGUAUUUGAGCCUAUAUACUCCUAAUAAAGUAUU